AUGCCUCCGCUUCUCAGCCGUUCUAAUCCUUCACCUCUGCACGCUCCUCAGCGCGUCAAGCCUUACACUCCUGCAGUCCUCCCCCCUCCACUCCUUGUCUCCAGCCGCUUUGCCUGGCGAUGGCAGAUGGCUGCCGACAGACAGCUGCAGGAGAGCGCUGCUGCUGGCCUCCUGUGCGGGAGCCAGGCCAGGAAGGAGACCCUCAUCGUGGACGAGGACGACGGCGCUGGCCUGGACUUAUCCCCAACAGAGGACGGGAUGCUAGUGGUACAGAUCCUGGAGUCGCCCGGCCAGCGCGGGUUGCAUGUGGGCGACGUGCUCACCGUUAUCGACGGGGUGUCUCUGUCGAGGGUUGCGUGCGGUAGCGACGACGCUCAGGAAGCCGCCCUGGCAGCGCACCUCAGGCAUGGCGCCGAAGUUGAGGUCCUUCAGAGACUUGGCGAUACCUCCGCGCAGGUCGCCGCCGCGGCGGAAGGCGCCCCGGGCACCGCCUGCCCGCCGGGCUCCGACGGCGCGGCGGCCCCAGCGGCGCUGCCGGGCGCUGGCGCGGAGGAUCCAGGCGACCCGGGAGACGCUGGCGGAGGCAGCUCCUCCGGCAGCGAGGUGUUCUGCCGCCCCGGCGCCGCGCCGCGGGGCGGCGCGGAGGCCGCGAGCGAGGAGCCCUCGGCGGGCUCCGCUGGGCGCGACGUGCACGGGCGGCGGCCCCCGCAGCCGAAGACCGACACGCAGGCCGCGUGGGAGGAAUAUUUUCAGGGCCUCGCGAACCUCGUGCUCGCGGGCCCUCCCUCUGGCGGUGCCACCGGUGCGGCGGCCGGCGGCGGUGCAGCCAGCACCGCGGCCGAGGACGACGUGUUGGGCACUGUGGGCGUCACGUGCGAGUCUGCCGUAGCGAUGGAAGAGACCAGCACGAUGGACCAAAAUAGCUCAGGCAGUGAGGAGCCGUGUGGUUCGCAGUUGCGACUAGACGCCACCGGCGGUGACCAUGGUUCAGCAGCGGCUUCGGCGCUGGAGGACGACACAGGUGAUGGCGGCACUCGCGGGUCUGAAGCACUCGCUGGUGCUGGUGGAGCUGUGCGACACCUGUCAUCGUGGACGUGCCCGACAUGCGAUGAGCCGAACCGUGCGGAGCGGGGCUGCUGCAACAACUGCGGUCUGGCCAGGCCGGGGCCAGCACCGGGGACCUGCGGCGCAGGGUGCCAGCCGGGCGCCGAGGCGGUCGACAUCCAGGCUGCUGCUGGCGGCGGCAACGGCGGCGGGGCGUACCGUCUGGAAGCAGAGGUAGGCGGCAGUCAUGCUGCCGGCGGCGGCGACAGCGGCGGUGCACAGGCCAGAGGCCCCGGCAGCGCGGCGGGCGCGCGGGACGUGAAGGCGGCCCUGGCGCAGAGGCGUGCUGCUGCAGCGGCGACUGUCUCUGCGGCGAAGCCAGUGGCGGCGCCAGACGCGUCUUCGGUGACCGCCGCGGCGAUGGUCACGCAGUCCUGCGCGGCGCCAGCGGCGCGGUCGCCUGUGCCGGCCGCAGCCGUGCCCGCGCCGCCUCCGGAGGCCGCGCACGCCCGCGCGGCGCCAGCGGCGCAGUCGCCUGUGCUCGCCGCAGCAGCGCCCGCGCCGCCUCCGGAGGCCGGGUGGUGGUCGCAGUUCUUUGAGGUGACGCAGCGGCGCGGAGGUGUGGUAUCACUGCGCGUCUCCCUGUCGCGGGUUCAUCUGCGUGAUGCAGAUCUUCGCUCGCUCACUGCCGCCAUGGACGGCCUCCUGCACAAGCUCCGGGAGGAGGUGGCGUGGGACGCCGCCGCCGCGGGGCCGCAGGCAAUGCUGCGCGUCACGCUGGAGCUGGACCUCUCCGACAACGAGUUUGGCGAUGCGGGUGCCAUUUGCCUCAUCAGGUGGCUGCUGGCGCGCCACCGCGAGGUGCGGUGCCGCGCUCUGCGCCUCGCUCGGAACGCGGUGGGGGACGGCGCGCUGCGAUGGCUGGCGGAGGCGGUCCGCGCCCAGCACUCCGCCUUCGAGGAGGUCCACCUGUCGCAGAACCAGGUCACCCAGCACGGUGCCGCCGCACUGCUGCUCGCAGUAGCGCUGCACCCCAGCGAGGCCUACCCGUGGCUGAGCCGAAGUGGGCGCUACGCACCCGCCCGCGUGUGCCUGGACCGGAACCGCAUCGACGCGCCCGAUGCGCUGCUGUCGAGGCUGCGCCGCCGCGCCGCCCUGCGCCCGUGCGACGGCGAGACACCCGGGCCGCCCCAGGUGAAGUUCUCUUCGGCGCCGCACGUGCACCUGCCGGCGUUCGGCGAGCAGGCCGCGGCGGCCCGGACUGGCCAGGGGGAGCUUGCGCCCGACCUGAUCUUGAAGGCUGACGCCGGCAGCCGCGCGGGUGUUCUUUUGCACAAGUUUCACGAGUUUGCUCUGCUUAGCCUGACUCUGGAGAGCCUCGAGGAGAGAAGCCCCGGGGGCUGGUUCAGCUCCGCGCCGCCGCAGCUCAGCCCGCACCCUGGCAAGCGUCUGCUCCAGGUGCUCCAGGAAGGGUUGCAGGGCCUUGCGUUGGCCGACGGCGUAGGAGCCUGGGACCCGCCGGCCGUGCACGGGGCCCUGGAGCUGCCACCGCUCGCGCCCGAGGCGCCCCUCCAGCUGCAGCUCUACCAGACAAUGUCUGCCGAUGAUUCAGAGAGCGCCGCAAAGAAGAGGAAGGUCGAGGAGGAGGCCGACGCGAAGAUGAAGGAGGAGCCGACAGAGCUUGAGGGUGAUGCCAAGAAGGAAUCGAGGAAACUGAUCGCAGAUGCCGUCAGCAUCGACCCUGCCAACGCAACGCUGAACGUGAUUCCUGCGCUUGAUGGCCGUGUUCUGAUGCCACUGACAGAUGGUGGCCUCCAGUACUUGAUCGCCGGGGCACGUGCCAACGUGGGCAUUACCAAGGGCCGGUACCUCUUCGAGGUCAAGGUCCUUGAGCUCCUCAGUCCAGCGGAGUCCUCCCGCGGCAACCGGGCGCCGGCGCCGCGACAAGCGGUCAAGGUCGGCUUCUCGACGCAGGGCUCGUCGCUCUUCCUCGGGGACGGCGGCGAGAGCGUGUGCUUCGAUUCGGAGGGCAGCUUCACCGCAGACGGGGCGAAGCAGGAUGGCGUCUCGAAGCCAUUCGGGCGCGAUGACGUGAUCGGAAUCGUCCUCAACUUGGACGACAAGAGCCCGAACGCAAACACACUUAGCGUGUUCAAGGGCGGGCAACGCAUCUCCCAACCACAGAAGAUCCCAGAUGCGCUCAAAGGCAAGCCCCUUUACCCCCACAUCAAUUUCAAGAACGUGACCCUCCAGGUCAAUUUCGGUGCUUCUCCGAUGGUGCCUUUGCCUUUCACCUGCCACAUGAUUUCGCAGGCGGCAGUGGCGGACAGCAAAGUGCAGAAGGCGCCAACCAAAGAGGGUGGCUACGAGGUUCUGCUGCCUGUGGGCAUCCCAGAUGAGGGCACGUUUGACUGGCUGGACAUGUUCUUGGAAAAGAACCCCAAGUACGUCGAACUCAGCGAUAGAAAGAUUUUAGAGUGGGCCGAUAAGAGCGGUAUUUGGAGGGACAAGCGUGGAAGCUACAAGCACAGCAACGACAAGCCGGACAUUAAUUUCGGCAUUCCGGGGCUUGAUGACAUGAGCGUGCAGAGGGUGAUAAAGUCCAUCGUAGCAUCGCAGCCGCGAGACUAUGUCGUGAUGGAGGUGAAGGCAAACUUGGUGAAGGAAGAGCGGGCUGACUGCCUCAAGCGCUUUAAUGCUCCACACUACAAGAAAGUGGCCAUGGUGGUAAUGGGGGACCCUCCGGCUGCUUUCAAGGCGAAGACCCAGGCAGCUCUCCUCAAGCAGAAGGAGGCUCAGGAAGAGUUGGCGUGGAAGCAAAGAGUGGCGGAGCGAACGGCGAAGAAGGAGUUGAAGGCGAAGAUAAAGGCAGCUGAGGAGGCCAGGAAGAAGGCAGAGGAGGAGGCGAAGAAACAGGCAGAGGAGGUGAAGAGAAAAUCAGAGGAGGAGGCCAAGGCAAAAGAGGAGGGUGAUCCCGAAAACAAGGACGAGGAGGGCGUGAAGGAGGAGUCGAAGGAUGUGGACAUGAAACAGGAGGAGGCUAAAGAGGAAGUUAAGCAGGAAGAUCGUGUCAAGGAGGAAGUCAAGGAGGAGAGUAAGGAGGAAGAGGACGAGGAGGAGGAGGAGGAGGAGAAGGAGCCGAAGCAGGCCGAGCUGACUGCCGAAGAGAAGGCAGCCAGCUUUCUCAAGAAGCCGGUGCCAGACAUCGCCACAUUUAUUAUGAGCUCCAGCUUCACGAAGUUUUCGAUGCCAACUAAGGAGGAGGGCUUCGACGAGAUCCGCUAUGAUUGGCAAGCAGAGAAAGAAAGUGCGAACGCUUUUGGCACCUGGGCUCGCAGGCAGAAGCUGCUGUGUCGUAUCGAGGACCUGCAGCCCUCGGAGUCCUUCAGGACCAAGCUCGACGAGUGGCAGAAGGUGCUGCAGGGCUGGCAUGCCAAGGCGAACGAGUGGAAGGCGGGCGAGCCCGCGAGGCAGGCGGAGGCCGCCGCCAAGAAGAAAAAGGAGGAACUGCAGGCGCAGGCGGACGAGACCAAGGCCGCCGAGGGUGACGCGGCGAAGGCUGAGAAGCCAGAGGGCGCGGAGGAGGGCAGCAAGGACGCGGCGAAAGAGGGCGAGGCCAAAGAAGGCGAUUCUAAGGAGGGCGAGGCCAAGGACGCUGAGGCAAAGGAGAGCGAGGCAAAUGAUGACGAGGCAAAGGAGUGCGCGGCAAAGGAUGGCGAGGCCAAGGAGGAGGCCAAGGAGGAGCCCAAAGAAAUCGAGGACGUGUUCGCUGUGGAGAACAUCGCCGACGUCGGUGGUGGCAAGCCUCUCUUCGCAUUGUUUGGCUUCGAGGAUUGGGCUCUGUUGAGCUUGCGAGUGGAGCUGCACCUGUUGCUGCAGGGCUUUAAGAGUGAUGCCACGAGUGUAGAUCCAGAGCGAAUUGGCAUUCACGAGCAACACCUUCCGUUCUAUUAUAACAAGUACCUCAGGAAGACCUUCAAUGUCAGGUAUUAUGGCAAAGAAACUACCAAGGACUUAGUAGAGCUCGUGAAGGACACGGUCGCCAUCAACUCGACCAACUCCGUGCUGGAGGUUCAGCUCUCGAGCGAGUCAGAGAAUUUCGACAUGUUCGUGAAGCUCACGGAGGAUGCGCGCCGAGAGCGCCAGCGGCGUCUGGACGCUGGGGACGAGACCGCGCGCCUAAAGUUCAGCCAACCGGAGCCGCAGCGCCACUACGGGGGCGGUCAGCGGUAUUGGGACAGUGGCAAGAAGGGGGACAGCAAGGGCUACCAGAAGGGUGGCUACCAGAAGGGGGCCUACCAGCCCUACAACGCCGGGGGCAAGGGCGGCAGCUACGGCUCCACUGCCGCGGGCAAGGGCCACACGCCGCAGCAGGGCUUCGCCUCGCGCCCACAGGGCCAGGGAGGCUACCAGAGCCAGCAGAUGGCGCCAUCCGAGCCUCCCAAGCAGGGCUGGGCGCAGCAGCGGGACCACACGCAGGCCAAGGACACUGGACGCAACCUCGUGCGGGCCGUCAGUGCAGAGUUCACCGCCAUGUUCCUCUUCGUAUUCGUAUGCGUCGGCUGUGCGCUGACCACGACUGGGGCCGCUCCUGGAGCGGGAAAUGGGUCGGGUGCGACGGCGACUUUGACGAUCUCCUUAUGCUUCGGGUUCACGAUCUUUGUACUGGCCCACUGUUUCGGGCACAUCAGCGGAGCUCAUGUAAACCCAGCCGUGACGAUGGCACUGAUGAUCGGUAGGCAGGUACCUCUGUUAAAAGGCUGCCUGUACAUCUGCGCUCAAUUCAUGGCAUCUAUCGUCUCAUCUGGAAUAUUGAUGGCGGUCAUGGGUCUCAAGACCGAGACGAUGGGCGGCUACAACGCGCUUACCGGCCCAGACGACAAUAAGGUCGCGCGUGGGUUCAUCCUCGAGAUGGUGCUGACAUUCGUCCUUGUCUUCACGGUCUACGCCACCAUCGACCCCCACCGCGAGGCAACGGGACAAGGGCCCUUGGCGAUUGGUGUGGCCGUCAUGAUCCCCUGUCAUCGCCGUGCCGGCCACCGGCUGUGGGAUCAACCCGGCUCGCUCCGUCGGGCCCGCAAUCUUCGCAGACCAGGAUGA